UAUCUCUAAAUAUUUAUUCUGAUAUUUCAAUAUUGUUCUUUUUCCAACAAAAAAGCACAUAUAUAGGCAAUUCAGUAAUCAUUGACAUCGAAGUAGACCUUGAACGCCCAGUCGCAGCUUUAUUUCUGGUUGUGAAAUAUCACUAAAAGUUUCUGUGGUUUUAUCAUAGAAAUAAACUGUAAAUAUUAUUUUCAUCAUUUUCGUAUUCCAAAUUUUCGAAAUUACGAAGGGUGGCAUACUGGCAUACAGACAUACCUAUAUAAUAUAUUCACAGAAUAUAUUACUUCUUCAAAUCCGCUCAAUUCUACCUCCAUUCGGUAUCGUUAAUUUCAUGAUAUCGAUAACUAAAUAUCCUGGUAUUGAUCACAGAACACUAAUACAGAAUAGUGUUCUAUGCUAUGCUUCUAUGCUACUAAUAUUAAGUCUGUGGCUGUGUGCAAUUACUCUAUGGUAUGUGGCUUUGAAAAAAAAACCAUAGACACAUUUCUCUAUGAAAAAAACUAUCUGUGGUCUCGCUUAUCUAAUUAUCUAUGGUAUCGCUAUCAGUAUCGCCGCAUGUUGGUAUCAGCUACUGCUAGUAUCUAGAGAUAAUUCUGUUGUUAUCAAAAACAGUUUAGUACUACUAAUUAGAUUUCAUUUCUUAAAAAGCGACGUGAAUAGAAGGAGAAGUCUAGAUGUAUUGUUUCAAAAUGAAAGUGGAGGCAAAUGAAAUUGAUAGAACUACUAAAUGUUCAAAUAUUGGAGAGGACUUCAAGACUCAUUUGAAAAAAAUAGAAGAUGUUGAUAUAUCUGAACAAUUCAUAGAUGAGAAUGGAGUUCAUGAGAGGACAAUAUACUUGCAAAAUGUUGAAAAUUAUUCAAGACAUCCAUCCGAACACGAUGAUUCUUUGAAAACAAAAGAAUUGCCCCAAAUUUGUAAAGAAUCUAUCCAUUCUAAUAUCAGGCAACAUAAGUGUCACCUAUGUGAUUAUGCUGCAAAUCAGAAAGUGAAUCUCAAAAAACAUUUAGAUUCUGUUCAUUUGAAAUUGAAGGAACAUAAGUGUCACCUGUGUGAUUAUGCUGCAAAUCGGAAAGAUUAUCUCAAGAAACAUUUAGUUUUAGUUCAUUUAAAUUUGAAGAAAUAUAAUUGUCACCUAUGUGAUUACGUUGCGAAUCAGAAAGUGAAUCUGAAAUCACAUUUAGAUUCAGUGCAUUCGAAAUUGAGGGACCAUAAGUGUCACCUGUGUGAUUAUGCAUCACAUCGAAAAGAGACUCUCAAACAACAUGUAGAAUUUGUUCAUUUGCAAUUGAAGGAACAUAAAUGUCAGAUGUGUGAUUAUGCUGCUAAUAGAAAAACGGAUCUGAAAAAGCAUGUAGAUGCUAUUCAUUUUAAUUUGAAGGCACAUAAGUGUCACCUGUGUGAUUAUACUGCAAAUAUGAAAACGGGUCUUAAACAGCAUAUAGAUGCUAUUCACUUAAAUUUUAAGGAACAUAAGUGUCAUCUGUGUGAUUAUGCUACAAACUAUAAAGGUUCAAUCAAACAACAUAUAAAUCUUGUUCAUCUAAAUUUGAAAGAGCAUAAGUGUCACAUAUGUGAUUAUGCUACAAGUUUGAAAACAAAUCUUAAAAAACAUAUAGAUGCUAUUCAUUUGAAAUUGAAGAGACAUAAGUGCCACCUGUGUGAUUUUGCCGCAAAUCUGAGAACGGGUCUUAAAAAGCAUAUAGAUGCUAUUCACUUAAAUUUGAAGGGACAUAAGUGUCACCUGUGUGAUUAUGCAACAAAUUAUAAGGAUUUAAUCAAACAACAUAUAGAAACAGUUCAUCUAAAAUCAAAGGAACAUAAGUGUCACGUAUGUGAUUAUACUGCAACUCAGAAAACUAACCUCAAACGACAUAUAGAAUCAGUUCAUGUGAAAUUGAAGGAACAUAAAUGUCAUAUGUGUAAUUAUGCUGCAAAUAGAAAAACGGAUCUUAAAAAGCAUAUAGACUUUGUUCAUUCAAAUUUGUAUGAAACAUAAGUGUUAACUAUGCGAUUAUGCAACAAAUUUGAAAAGGAAUCUCAAGCAACAUAUACAUCCAGUUCAUUCAAAAUCAAAGAAGAAUAAGUGACACCUGUGUAAUUAUGCAAUUUUUGGGACUACACAGAAUGAACACCAAGUAUCUAUGUAUACAUGUAACAUUUAUUCUGUUACCAAUGAUAUUUGCAGAAUUUGGACAAUAAAUAAUUUUAUUAUACAUAUAGGGAUUUUAUUUAUUUUCAGAUCUUGUUCAGAUUUUAUCUGAAACAUACAUAACCAAUUUUUUUAUUAAAUAUUUUUCU